CCGCCGGAGGAGCUCAGUCGCGCUACAGUUUUUUCCCCAGCUCCAGAGUCCGAAACUCCAGAAUCAUGUUGCGUCCGUGAGCGGUUCGGCCUCUUCCCUUAAACAAAACAAAAAAACAAACAACAAAAUGGGUACCGCGUUACUCCCGACGGGUUAGCCUUCUUUGUCGUCCCCCUUCCCCUCCCCUUUUGUCUUUUUUUUUUUUUUUUUGGGCCGCUACUAAACAGAGAAUGGCGGUGGUGAACUCUGCAUAAAAGGUGGGGAGAGGCGAUUUGCGUCGAGAGCAAGUUCGGCGAUCCCCGGUUGACGCCCGGCCCAGCACCGGGCGGAAGCCAAGAGCCCAACCCGGGUGUUGGGUUGGGGUGGGAGGGGGGAGUGAGUGCUCGUUUCUCGGCGUAUCGAGAGGGGCUCCGGGGCAACUCCUAAAAGCCUCCGGCCCCGCUCGCCUCUCGGGUCCCGAGGAGAGAGGCCUUUUCUGUCUCCGUUUCACCUCUCUUCCAUUAUUUGGAGCUACAUUUUUUUUUAACAUUUUGGACUGGAUUUAAACGCGCCGUCCACUUCCAAGACGAUGAAAAUGGCGUCCUAUGUGGAUAACAGCUUUCGGGAGGCUGUGAUGAUGAACCCGGCGGACAGGACGCAACAGGAUCUGGAGAUCGUCUACUCGUACCUCCACGGCAUGGAGGCCUUGUCCAACCUGCGGGAACACCAACUGAGGAUCAUGUGCGAGACGGUGCGCUAUGAGAGGCACGAAGCCAACGAAGUUCUUUACUACCCUGACGACAUCGGAAGCUGCUGGUACAUCCUUUUGUCGGGCUCAGUCUUCAUCAAGGAGUCCAUGUUUCUGCCCAGAAGCAGCUUCGGCAAGCGAUCAGCAGGCAGCCUGAGACGUGGAUGCGAGUGCAUCGUCCUGGAGCCCUCGGAGAUGAUUGUGGUGGACUAUAUGGACGAGAAUGAGGAGUACUUCCAGAGACAAGCUUCUCACCGCCAGUCCCGCCGUCGCUUCAGAAAGAUCAACCAGAAAGGGGAACGGCAGACCAUCAUUGACACGGUGGAUCCGUACCCUGCUGGGAAACCGCCUAUAGCCCGGGGCUACCACACGCUUCCCGCCGACUUCAGCCGACUUCACCUGGCCGACGGCUUGCACCCACAGGGGACGCAUGUGUCGUCCAGCCACUCGGGAUGUAGUAUCACCAGCGACUCCGGAAGCAGCAGCCUGUCUGAUAUCUACCAGGCAACUGAGAACGAGCCCGGCGACAUGGACCUGAGCGGCCUGCCGGAGACGGCCGUCGACUCUGAGGAGGACGACGACGAGGAGGACAUCGAGCGAGGGUCGGACCCCCUCAUGAGCCGGGACAUCGUCCGAGACUGCCUGGAGAAGGACCCCAUGGACAGGACGGACGACGACAUAGAGCAAUUACUAGAGUUCAUGCAUCAGCUGCCGGCCUUCGCCAACAUGACCAUGUCGGUCCGGCGUGAACUGUGCGCCGUCAUGGUCUUCGCCGUGGUGGAGCGCGCCGGUACCAUCGUUCUCAACGACGGCGAGGAGCUGGACUCGUGGUCGGUGAUCUUGAACGGUUCAGUGGAGGUGACGUACCCCGAAGGCCGGACAGAGGUCCUGUGCAUGGGCAACAGCUUUGGGGUGUCGCCCACCAUGGAGAAGGAGUACAUGAAGGGGGCCAUGAAGACCAAGGUGGAUGACUGCCAGUUUGUGUGCAUAGCCCAGCAGGAAUACUGCUGCAUCCUCAACCAGGUGGAGAAGAACAUGCAAAAGGUGGAGGAGGAAGGCGAGAUAGUCAUGGUCAAGGAGCACCGAGAACUGGACCGAACCGGCACAAGGAAAGGACACAUUGUCAUUAAGGGCACGUCGGAGCGUCUGACCAUGCACCUGGUAGAGGAGCACUCGGUGGUGGACCCCACUUACAUUGAGGACUUCCUGUUGACGUACAGGACCUUUCUGUCCAGCCCCAUGGUGGUGGGUAAGAAGUUGCUGGAGUGGUUCCACGACCCCAGUCUCAGGGACAAGGUAACGCGGGUGGUCUUGCUGUGGGUGAACAAUCACUUCAAUGACUUUGAGGGUGACGUCGCCAUGACUCACUUCCUGGAGGAGUUUGAAAACAACCUGGAGAGAGAAAAAAUGUGCGGCCACCUUCGGCUGUUAAACAUCGCGUGCGCCGCCAAAGCCAAACCUCGCCUGGUGACGUUGACCAAAGCGUCGAGGGAGGCCGCACUUGCCUUCAGCCUUCUCGGAGGACAAGACAAAGGAUUCCGCGUCUUCAUCGACACCGUGGAGGCUGGCAGCAAGGCCGCGGAGGCAGGGCUCAAGAGAGGGGAUCAGAUCUUGGAAGUGAACGGGCAGAACUUCGAGAACGUCCAACUCAGCAAAGCCAACGAGAUUCUGAAGAACAACACGCACUUGUCCAUAACUGUGAAAACUAACCUUUUAGUAUUUAAAGAGCUGCUAACCAGGCCCGAGCAGGAGCUCCACGGCGACGUGGACGGCGACGACGAGCACGACCGCAAGAACGGCACGCCUCACCUCCCCAAGAUCGGCGACAUCAAGAAGGCCAGCCGCUACUCCAUACCCGACCUGGCGGUGGACGUGGAGCAGGUGAUGGGCCUGGAGAAGGCCAACAAGAAGCCCAAAAGCAACUCCGUGGGGGGGCGCAACAAGCUCAAGAAGAUCUUUGACAAGACGCUCACCAGCAUCCUGCCGCCCAAACCUUACAACGACGUGUGCGUGGGCCAGUCCCAGGACGACAGCAUCGUGGGCAUGAAGCAAUCCAAGCAGAUCCCGCCGGCGCUGCCCGUCAGCGGCAACCUGUCGUCGUCCAACCCCGACCUGCUCCAGUCGCACCACCGCAUCCUGGACUUCAACAACCAACCCGUGCCGGUCAGCCUAAAUAUGUCUGACCAGGUGCUGAGGGUGUUCAAGGCAGACCAACAGUCCCGCUACAUCAUGAUCGGCAAGGACACCACAGCCAAGGAGGUGGUGACCCAGGCCAUCCGCGAGUUUGCGCUGACGGCGGCGCCCGAGGCCUACUCGCUCUGCGAGGUGUCUGUCACGCCCGAGGGCGUCAUCAAGCAGAGGCGGCUGCCCGACCAGCUCUCUAAGCUGGCCGACAGGAUACAGCUGAGCGGCAGGUACUACCUGAAGAGCAACAUGGAGACAGAGACGCUGUGCUCGGACGAGGACGCCCAGGACCUCCUCCGCGAGGGCCAGAUCUCGCUGCUGCAGCUGAGCACGGUGGAGGUGGCCACGCAGCUGUCCAUGCGUGCCUUCCAGCUCUUCUGCGCCAUCGAGCCCACCGAGUACAUCGACGACUUGUUCAAACUGCGCCCGAGGGGGGGUGCCGCUUCUAGCCUCAAACGCUUCGAGGAGGCCAUCAACCACGAGACCUUCUGGGUGGCCACAGAGGUCACGCGGGAGGCCAACCAGCUCAAGCGCAUGAAGACGGUCAAGCAUUUCAUCAAGAUCGCGCUGCACUGCCGUGAAUGCAAAAACUUUAACUCCAUGUUCGCCAUCAUCAGCGGUUUGAACCUGGCUCCCGUCUCCCGACUUCGCGGCACGUGGGAGAAGCUGCCCAGUAAAUACGAGAAGCUCUUCGGCGACCUGCAGGACUUGUUCGAUCCCUCCAGGAACAUGGCCAAGUACCGAAACGUCCUCAACAACCAGAACCUGCAGCCGCCCAUCAUCCCUCUCUUUCCGGUCAUCAAGAAGGACCUCACCUUCCUCCACGAAGGCAACGACUCCAAAGUGGACGGCCUGGUGAACUUCGAGAAGUUGCGGAUGAUCGCCAAAGAGAUCCGCCACGUUGGCCGCAUGGCCUCAGUCAACAUGGACCCCAACCUCAUGUUCAGGACCAGGAAGAAGAAGUGGAGAAGUUUAGGGUCGCUGAGUCAGGGCAGCGCCAAUGCGGCCGUGCUGGACGUGAAUCAGGCGGGCGGCCAUAAGAAGCGCGUGCGGCGCAGCUCCUUCCUCAAUGCCAAGAAGCUAUACGAAGACGCCCAGAUGGCGCGCAAGGUCAAGCAGUAUCUGGCCAACCUCAGCCUGGAGACCAACGAGGAGAGUCUGCAGACCCUCUCGCUGCAAUGCGAGCCAUCUGUCAGCACGCUGCCCAAGAACUCAGGGGUCCGUCGCGCAGAUACGUCUCCCGUGGUGUCCAGAGCGGCCAGCCAACAGAGGGGGCAGCUGGCCAAAGGCUCCCAGGCCCUGCAGGUGCCUGCCGUGGCCCUGUACCCAUCACGCAAGAAGGUGCCCGUCAAGGACCUGCCUCCCUUUGGCACGAGCUCCCCUCAGUCUCUGAAGAAGAUCCUGUCUUUGUCGGAAGAGGCCACCGAGCGUCACCGCCGGCAUCCCGAGGACUCGGCGCCAUCUAACGCCUCCUCCCAGCUCUGCUCGCCCCCCGGCUCUCCGCAGAGCUCGCCCAAAAAGGGUUACACCCGCACGGGCGACUCGUACUCUGACUGCGGUCAGAGUGAGAUGUCGUCUCGCUCCAGCCUGCUCAGCAACUUGUCCUUCGAGGACGAGCGGCGGCUGAGGCACUCGGGGGGCGUCGGCGAAUCCCACGGUUGCGGAGCGCGCCUGGAGCGGAGGGCCGCCACCGACCCCGACCAGUACAGUCUCGGGUCGUACUCGUCGAUGCAGGACUGCCGGGGCAUCUACGCCGGCUGCCCCACAGCGCUGUCAUCGCCCAGCUCAGAGGAGCUGACCCAGGAUCAGGGUGACCGCGUGUCCCUGGACGCGGCCGACAGCGGGCGCGGUUCCUGGACGUCGUGCUCGUCCGGUUCCCACGACAACAUCCAGACCAUGCAGCAGGGCCGCAGCUGGGAGACGCUGGCCUUCGGCGGGGGACUGCCGCCCUGCGGCCCCGAGGCCAUGCUGUGGGCGGCGCAGGCGCGCGGCAGCUGGGCGUCGGCCGGCUCGUCGUCGUCGUCGUCCGCCGCCUACUGGGGCGAGGAUUCGGAGGGCGACACGGGCACCAUCAAGAGGCGGGGCGGCAAGGACGUCAACGCCGACGCCGAGACCAGCAGCAUCACGUCCACCGGGUCCGAGGACGCCAAGCAGACGGGGCGGCCCUCGCCCUCGCCCGUCAACGCCGGCUCGAAAGGACUCGUGUCCCGAAAAGAGGGACGAUACCGUGAGCCCCCCCCAACGCCGCCCGGCUACACGGCGCUGACUAUCUCGGAACUGGCAGACGCUCAGUCGGCGCCCCCUCCCGGCCCCGCUUCCGCCACGUCCGCCGGGGCGACGCCGUCGAGCAGACGCCCCCCCGACUACACCACGGCGCUUCAGCGCUCGCGCAUGGUGACGCAAUCCCCCGACUCGCAGGCCCACCAGGCGGCGUCCAAGCGGAGGGGCGGGGGCCUCCACCGCGGCCGCGACGACGACGAGGCGGAGGAGGAGGAAGAGGAGGGUGAGUCUCCUAAACUUGUCGCUCUGAGGAAGCCGAGGGCACAGCGUACUCCCCGGCCCCCCCGGCUGUGACUGUGUGUGUAAAUUGGGGGAGGGGCGCCCCCCAGACCCCGUGGCAGAUGACGAGCAGGUGUCGGCGGUCUGAGGGGGGGGGUCAAGAAAAAAAAAACAAAAAAAAAAAGCUCUUCGCCGUCCCUCCGAGCAACCAAUAGACUCUCAUCUUCAAGCUACUACGUGCCUGCUCUGCCUCCUGAUUGGUGGAUUCCUCCGGUUGGCUCUUCCUCCUCUUGCCUCUCCCGCCCCUCUGCCUUAAAGCAUCAUGGGGGGGUUGAUGGACCCUGCAUGCAAAAAAUAAAAAUUAAAAAAAAAAAAUUUGAAGAAAAAUACUGUGAAGAAGAAGAAGAAGAAGAAGAAGAAGAAGAGGAGGCGGUGAAAGAUGACAAAUGCCCGGCACUUUUUGGACAAUUUAAAGACAUUUUGAAAAACAACGUUGACAUCUCAUCUGCACUAAUAAGAACAAAAACAUAAAUAUUGAAAAAAAAAAAAAAAACACACACACACACACAAGCAGAAGACAUUUUCAGAACGCUUUCAAUCAAAACUCUUUUGCACUCCUGACCCGCUCCAGGAUGUUGGAACAAUGACGCCAGUAUUAUUAACACAAACAAGAAAAAUGGACAGAAAUUGAAGACAUAUUUGACGAGCACUUUCAGCACAAGAACCUAGCGGACGCGCGCCUGGACGCCAGGGUAACCGUGACGACGAGGCGGCUGUAUCGCCGUCCUCCUCCGCGGGGGGGACGGACACCGGUUGACGUCGGAAAAGCACAAACACAAAAAAAAGCGGGGGAUGUAAAAAAAAAAAAAACAGGCCCGAGGACGGGAAAGCUGUCAAUCGUGGCCCUCGUUGACACCCGUGAGCGGAGUUUGUGCGGAAUGUCCAAAGCGCCUUACGACUGCACGUUCGUUACGUCACAACACGCGAGCCCCCACGUCAACAAGCCGAGGGAAAUGAUGCCUUAUUGUUCCACGACGCUUCCUUUGCAUCUCCACGGACCCGCCCCCCCGCCUCCUCCCCCACUCUUUGACCAGUUACACCCUCCCACCCCGCCACCAUCCGGAAUACCGCGACUCGACUGGAGGACUUUUUGUUGUUGUUUUUUUUGUACACUGCGCUGGUAAAGGAACUAAAAGAAGGAAAAUAAGGCUGCCAAGGAGCGUUAGAGCCGUACGGAAAUGAGAAAUUCAAGCUAACGGGGUUGAAAUGUUACCAGGAUGUAGCACCAACCAAUAGAAUUGGACCAAUUCUUGAAAAAUAUGCAUACCGUAAUUCCCGGCCUAAAGAGCGCACCUGGUUAUAAGCCUCACCGAGUACAUUUGUAAAGGAAAUACCAUUUGGUACAUACACACGCCUCAGCUGUGUAAAAAACGCAAGCGCCCAGAUUGAAACACGAGAUAUUUACAAAGAAAGAUGGUACACAGAGAUUUUAAUGCUAGCGCUGCUCUGGUAAUGCUAACGCUAGCCACACCACGCUAAUGUUAGCGCCGCCGUGCUAACGCUAGCGCCACCACGCUAACAGGGCCGGUUAAAAAAACAUAGCAGUAAAAAUCAGUGAGACACGGCAGUAACAUGCUAGCGCAGCGCUAACUGGGCCGGACCGGUAAACGUCACUUCCUUAUAUAUAUAUAUCUCCUUACAUAUUCCAUAAAUAUAUAUUAUAUAUAUUCCAGCGGUUUCACUCUUACGUUUUCCGACCGAGUGGCCCCUUGCGGGCGUUAGGAAAAAAAUACACAAAUUAGCCACAUCACCGCGUAAACCGCAGGGUUGAAAGCAUGUGGAAUUUCGUAGGCCGGAAAUUACGGUAUUUGGUUCACACAAACGUUAUAUUACCAGAAAAAAAUCAAUAAUGCUUUGAGAAUCAAAUUUGGAAACUAGUUGGGAAUUUGGGAAAUAAUAGCGCACUUUGUUGUAAUGUUAGGAUAUCUAUUUAAAAAAAAAAAAAUCAAAAUAUUUCAUAUAACAUAACAUCGUCUCGCGACCAGAAUAAAGUAAUACCUCACAAGGAUGAUAUAAGAAUAUUACAGUGUAAAAGUUGGGAUUUUUUUUUUCUUCUCCCCCCCCCCAAGAACAAAGUUGUAUAUUUCCCAGGAACAAGUUGUGAAUAAAUGAUGAACAGGGAAAAAAAAAAAGGGGGGGGGGACAUCGUCAUAAUCAUGAAAAAAAAUAAAUGAUGGAAAAAAAAGUCCAAACUUUUCAAGAAUAUGGAUGUACUAUGAGUAGAAGGGGAGAAGGAACUAUAUUACCAUGAUAAGAUUGCUAUAAUACAACAAAUUACAUAUUUUUAAGACUGAAAUCUGAAUAUUAAUGGAAAAGGUUUACGUUUUCUGGGAAUAAAUUUGUAAUUUUACACGGGAGAAAUUGUAAGCUAGGUGGAGGAAAGUUUCACACUGAAAUUUAUUAGGAGUAAAAAAUGUCAAAUAUUACAAAAAAAAGAAAUUAUGGUAUUUGUAAACCAUUUUCCAAGAUUAAAUAUUUUAUUUCACUGGAAUUAAAAAAAGAUUUUAAAUGGAAAAAAUAUUUUCCAAUAUUAGUAUUCUAAUGGGACUUUUAAAAAAAUAUUUUAGAAGUUCCGAUAUAUGACGUGAUAUUAUUAAAAAAAAAAAAAUUAAAAAAGUUCAAUUUCUCCGGGGAUGAUAACAUCACAACAUAAGAAUAUAGGUAAAAUACAUCAACUUUACUCAAGUUAAUGUAAUUUUAUGGGCAUCCACUUGUAAAUUAGGGAGAAAUAGUUCAGAAUGGUACCCGAAUAAUAGAUUUUUUUAGAGGAAAAAAAAAAUCGCAAUUUAAUAAAAGUAAAAUUGGUGUAUUACAAGAUGAUUUGAUAAGAAUUAAAUAUGAGGAAGUGAAAAGGUGCAAUUUUUCACAGAAAGCUGUAAUUGGGUGAGAAAAACUAUGGUUGGUUAAUUUAAGAAACAUUUCAUGAAGAUUUCUGAAUAUUGCAAAAACCUGCAAUUUUACAAAAGUGACAAAGUAUGAGGAUUUUUUUUUUUUUUGAGAGAGAGAGAGACUUUAAAUGAGAAACUAAAUUGAUGAAGACAAAAAGUCCAUGGAAGAUUCAUCUAAUUCUCCGACUGCUAAAUUACUUUUUCCCUGCUAAUUGUUAACGUUAUUCUCAUUGUUUUAUUUUUCUGUUAAUAUACCGACUUUCAUCUUUUUUUUUUUUUUUAAAGUAAUUUUCUGGUUUGUAACUUCUAAAUGCUUCCUGGUGAUAUUCUGACUUUGCGUUUGUGAUUUUCUGACUUCUGUCGGGGGUUUUUUUCCGCUUUGUUUCCCGCGCGGGCUGUAAAACUCCUCGGCGACGGCGACGCUUUCCCUCCGGUCUUCGGUCCUCCUUUCACAGAUUCCCGCUGAUCACAUUGAUCAGUUUUGGAGAAAAAGAUGAAGAGGAAGGAAGAAAAAAAAAGAUUGAGGAGGUAAAGUGUUUUUCCACUGCGACAACACUAAAAAAAAAAAAAAGAAAAGAAAAAAGAAAUGAAAAACCAUUUCUUUUGUUAUUGUGGUAUUAUGUUUUUGCUUGGUUUCGUACGGGCCACAUUCGGAAGACGUGAGGUUGCACAAAAAGGUGUCGUGGGUAGAACCGCUACUGUUGUGAUGAUGAUGAUGAUGACGACGUUGUGUACAUUUUUAGCUGGUGAUGUUCUUCUCUCUACUACUACGACUCGCACUUUAUGUCUUUUACAAAGACAACUGGUGGAGUAUGUGUUGCGUUUUUUUUUUUUGUAUUUUUAAUACAAUAAUUGUAAAUAUUGGUUCUAUUUUUGUUUAAAUGUAUUAUGUUUAUGCCUCAACAUCCAGGUUUGUAUGAGGCCGGGAAUCAAUAAAUUCUGCAUACAGUUAG